AUGGAUACUAUUGUUAUCUCUUACUCGAAAAAAUAUGCAAAACACUCAUCAAAGUUUUUAAAGGCUUGCCAUAAUGAAGUUAUUGCUUCAUCACCUUUAUUAAAUGAUUGGAUUGAUAUUGACAAUGCUUGGGUUAAACAACGAAAUUCAAGUCGAUCGAAUGAACGUGUACAGAGAAUUUCGAUUGAUCGUGGACUUCCUUCUUAUCUGGAAGACAGUGAAAGAAAUGAAAAUAUGAAACUAUCUGAUUUGGAAGAAAUAGAUACCAUGUGGGAACCACAAAAACAUAAAGAUCUUCAAUCUGAUGUUAAAGCAAGUUUAAAUAUUGCUUAUGUUUCAGAAAACUUUUGUUCACCUGUUAUUAAAAAUGUAAUUGGAAUUGGUUCUUCGGACGAAUCCGGAAUCACGUUACCAGGUUUGUAA